AUGCAAACGAAGAGGCAACAGCUUGUAAUACUACGUCAAAGCGGUGGCAACUCGCAACACAGUUGUAACUGUGGAAAAACAGCAGGACGCUCAAAGGGCGGCAACGCUCAUCACAGCCACAGUCAUCAUCAAGCGCAUUCCACCAUAAGCAGCAACAUACGAAAAGAGCUAGCUUCGUACGAGAACCCGUACCAAUCUCAAGGUGCAAAUUCGGCUUGCGAAAUUAAGAGCAAACGCAAUGCCAGCACAGAGAGUCUGGAUUUGUUCGACAAAUUCGCAAGCGAGGAGGAUUGUACCUGUGCUCUGUAUUCUCCUAGUUUUCUGAAGGAAGGAAAAUGCUGCAAAAAGUGUCGUACCUCUGAUCGGAGAACAGCGGCGUAUAAGACGCGAGCAGCGGGAACAAACGGUACGGGUCAGAAGAAGUAUAAUUCUUCCAAGUUUAAGGAUGCAUCUACCAGCCCAAAGUCGAACAGUCCUCUGAAGGUUUCGGCUCAGGAAUGUCGCAGCCCUAAGAUAGAGGCCUCCACAGACACGAAAUUUGAUUUUAACUGCUCACCGAAAACAUCCAGCCAUUACCGACGUCUUUCGUCGCUGAGCAUUAAUGGGGCAAGCAAAACUGUGGCCACAAGUCCUAUGAACACACCAAGCCCAGGAAUUAGUCCGCAAAAACUAUCACCGAUGAAAGGCACGCUUGAAAAGUCGAACUCUUUGGGGGAUAGUAAGCCGUCACGUUUAUUGCGUAACACACGCAGCUUAUCGCCUCGUCCCCCAAUGCGCCAUCAACAUUCAAUAAUGGUUUCGGACGAAAACGACAUCAUCUCCGUGAAGCUUUCUCCCAAUCAGGAUUUCGAAGACGAGUCGUUAAAGUUAUCGAUGCCACCUGCCACAGCUGGUGGUGGUUGCGAGGCACGUGUAAAAGACCAAUUUGAUGAAUCCUCGUCAAUUGUUGAUGUUGGUGUUGUCAAUAGCGAAGGUACUUUAAAACUAGGUGAUUGCUCGAAAAGCGCACUCAGCAACCGAAGCACCAGCUGUUUAGUGUACGUACCGUCGGACCCGUGGACAAGAAUGUCAACUAGUACCAUAGCUUCGCCACCAUCCGUUAAGCAGCAGAAGUCAAAAACGCUGGACAACAGCUGUAAAGCGUAUGGCAAACCCUGCUUGGAGUCUAUAAAAAACUCCGAUCCCUGGGUCUGGCGCUCUAAUGUGCAUCUUUCCGAGGCGCCCACUAGCAAAGGUGGUAGGAAACGACAUGUAUUACCGCACCAGGCAAAAUCGCUUACCAUGGGUACGGUUAGCCACGAUGACUCGAAUAUAGGCAGUAAACUACGUUCGGCAAAACUUUGCCAACAACAGUCACUUGGCCGGUUCGAAAAAACACUCACCAUUCCGGGGGUGGACGGCAGCUUCGACGCUCGUAAGAAGAUCACACGGCCGAAGUUGCAGCGCUCAAAAUCACCGGCUUUCUAUGAAGACUUUUUCCAGCACUUGCAAACUGGACAAGACACGAACAAAUGUCCAGUCAACGGGGGCCAUUCAUUAGUAAAGAACAAGUCGGUUUCCUCGUUAAAAAUGGAAAAGAACGCAUCAAACUCCAACCUAAAUGGCCAUGGCCAUUCAGCUGGCAGUUCUCUGCAUCACAUGAAUCACAGCAACAACAACAAUAGCAGCAGCAGUAACAGCAAUAGUGUCAGCAGUUACAGCAGUUACAAUGAUAAUGGUUCACCAACAUCAAAAAGACAUCCUUCACCGAAACUGACUAUUUUGGCAGCGUCUACGCAGCAGCCGCAUCCCUCGCCUUCGAGACAAUUGUCAAUGGGCCAGCAAGAGAUGUCAAUCAAGGCGUCGCUAAAUUUGUUGAAUCCGAACAUGCUUCAACCUCGCCACAGCUUUUCGACACCAUCGCAAAAAGAUGACGAGCUGCAACUUAAUAUCCGCCGAUUAAGCGAGCAGAUGAAUAAGUACAGCCACUCCAGUGCAGCGCCGGCGUUUCUGAACGAAACGAUUGCACAGCAAAAGGCCAAAACAGGGGGAGUUUGUGGCAGCAGCUUAACUUCCGGCCUCGGCAGUGGCAGCAACGUAGUAGUCGAACCAACGGUAGCUUCUACCCAACGCAAGACUGCGUCCCACUCUAAAAUCAACGAGCCGAUCUUGGAAACACGCUGCUAAAAUCAUGAUAAUAACAUCUGGGAUUUGAUUUGUAGUUAGCAAACAAUCAAUCUGCAGUAUUUUGUUCCGCUUGAAAGGUUUUGAUCAACUCAUCGAUACUGGCUAGAGCGGGUACUGCGGAAUACGGCUCAACGUGCGUUUGAAUCUUUUAGUUUAUUAUUGUCGGUUGAAAUUUGAUAGUAAAAUGCACGAGUGGUUCAGUGCCCUGUGUCGUAAGCAUGGCCAACAUUAGUUUCCAUUAAUCGGAAGAGCAAGAGUUAACCAAACAAUCAAUACAGCCAGCUAGCACCCAGGAACGAAACAAGAUAGGAUACCCUCUCUUACCAUUCGGUAAUUCGGUAGAAUGCCAAGAAGAGGUGGCAAGGAUUUACGGAAUAUCAUUAGUAAGAUAUUUAGAUAUAAGACAUUUAAUUACAAAACAGUGUAUCUAUAACGAACGAAUCGGGCAAACUUAUACUUUAGUAAAUAUUUGAGUAAUUGUUGUGAUCAGAAUGUAAAGAAAUGCUUCAAUUUAUCGUUAACUGUAAGGAAGGACACAUUUGGUUGGCAAGGACAUACAGCAGGAAGUAAAGAAUACAAUAUCAGCCGUGUUCGUAAAUUUAGGUAAUGGAUGUGUAUUGCAUUGAUUACCUUGCUAGACAAGAUUAAACCAAAAUCGUGUCAAAUGCCAAUGUAUAAAGAUUGAAGAAUUGAGAAAAUAGUUGUAGAAGACACUGACAGUAUUAUGUCUAGUAAAACUGCUUUUAGGCAGGCAGGAAUUGCUGAGCUCGAACACUACAUAAUGCACACGGGCAACCGCACAGAGAGGAUAAACAAUUGCCCGUAAUAAUACGCAACGUGCGACGAACUUUUCUUGAAUAUGGACUUAUGAUGAUGCCGUAGUAAAUUUAUCAGUUGACUCAGUUACGUACAAUGGUUGUGCGUGGUUCAAUCAUUAACGAAGCAUGUAAAUAGCUGUUGUGCCAUUAGAGUAUUGUUUGACUGAAGAAAAAUCAUUCCGCCAUUCGUUUUCUUGGUACGUUGAAGCAGUGAAGUACAUAACAGCAACGUAGCGUACAUGUCAAAGGAUUUAGUUGUUUUUUCUCUCUAAAGUGAUUUUUUAAAUAUUAUUAGAGCGGACAGAGCCGUAUUGAGCACCAACUUAAACUUAAAGCACUCCAGUAGUGCAUUACAGUUCGAAGUGACGUCUUUCGCCAAGAAACCGCAUGCAACUCAGACGGUUGAUCUACGGACGAGCCACGGAAAUUGAGUGUUUUUGAACAUAAAUUAGUUAGGCAAUGAAAAUUGAAUCGGCUGGAGAUAACACUCUACAUCAAUACUAGGAUGUGUCCGAACACACAGUGAUAAUAUUUCCUUGUGAAAACGGCGGCAACUUUUAGAAAAUCACACCUAAACUGCCAACCAUAAAAACGUAUGGUUUGUAAAAAGAACCAGAUUCAACGUAGAACCAAGGCUAACGAAUCCUCGAGAGGCUCUUUUAACGGUUUUAUUGUACAUACUUCACAUGAAAAAGUACUAUACUACAAUUACAUUUCAUCAUGCAUCUCGCUACACCAGCGACUUCAUAUAUUAGAAUGUGUGAUUCUUUUGAGCAGAAGAACUGGUUGCUCUUGCGUGAGGGUUUUUUUGGGGUUUGUUAUCCCCGCACUAGGCAGUGGAAAAUGAAAGACAUUUCGUAACUGCCCCAAUUUAUCGUAUUCCGAGAAUUCGCUGUAACAACCUUACACUACAGUUCAAAGGGUGCUUGAGCGUGUGGAUCGGAAAAUCCUGAUCAUUUACGAUUUCAUGAUAAAU